AAUAAAUAUGCAAAAUGAUGAAACAAAUGAGAGGAGUAACAAUGUUCUUGAUACGGAUGAAUCAACGUAGCAAAAUUCGACAGAAAAUACAUAAGGAGAGCAUGUUUAAUAAUAAGAAGUUCUUGAAUAACAUAGUAAUGAAUAAUAGAAAUUGAAUGAUGCAAUCUUACAAUAGAUUGAUAAUGAUGAACCUGUAUUAUAUAUAUAUGAUUUAGAUAUUCAUCUUAGUAAGUAAUCCUUCUGAAGUAAAAUCUUCAUCAAUGAAUAAAUAUCUAGUAUAUACAGUGAAGGGAAAAGAUGCUUUAGGAAAUUUUGAAGUUCAGAGAAGAUUUAAUGAGUUUUAUAUAUUAAGAGAAGCAUUAUUAUCAAUUUGGCCAGGAUUGUACAUACCCCCUUUGCCAGAUAAAUUAGUAAAUCCAACCGGAGAUGAAUUAUUAGAGAGAGUUAGAUUAUUAAAUAUUUUUGUGAUGAAAAUGGCUCAGAUAAAGUAUUUAUAUUAUUCAGAAGAAUUUGUAUAAAUAUUUUUGAGAUCAACAUAAACAGAUGUUUGUAAGGUAUGUAUAUAAUGAAUGAUUUUAUAGUAAAUACAAAGUUUACCUAAACCUAAUAUUAGAUCUUAGAUUGAUAAAUUUAAACAUAUAUUUGAAACAGAUUAAGUUUAAGAACCUGAUAUAAAUUCAAUAAAUAAAAUAAAUCAAAUGCAAAAAUUUUGUAAAUAAUCUUAGCAAUUAUUAAUAAAAUUAUUUGAUUAAGCUAAAAGUUUAAGUGGUAGUAGAAGAUGCUUAAAAGAAUUGUUCCAUUCAUUUUUUGGAAUUGGAUUAUAUGAAUUUGAACAAUAAAUAUUGCUUCCUUGUUUAGAGAGUUAAAAAUAUUUAAUUUUAACAAAUCCUGAUGCAUAAGAAUUGAAAUCAACUUUAGAUUAUUUAGUAUUACAAAAUAAUAAAUAUUUAGAAAGAAUAAAAUUAAAUAUCUUUAGAUAAAAUUUAAGAUUUGAUAUCUACAGAAUAGAGAGACAUGGAAGCAUUUUUAUAAGGUUUUUAAUAACGAGAGUCGUUAUUACACUUAAAAUCAAAAGUAGAGAAUAAAUUAAGAGAAUAAUAAGAAUAAUUGACUAAAGUAAUGAUAGGAAAAGGAACAAGUUUUGGGAAUAAGAAUUAGGAAGAAUAACGAUAGAAGAUAGAAAUGUAAAUAGUAGAAGUAUUAAAAAAUGAUAAAUAUAAAAGAGCUAAAAUGACGUAGACUCAUAUAAAUAUUAUUAUCAAUUGGUAACACAUGUUUUGACAACCAAAGCGAUAGACAAGUUUAAGAAAGAUAAACAUGAAUCAUACAAGAGAAUAAUUAGAGAUUUAUCAUAAUUGGAAAUAGAAAACCAUUAAGUAAUGUAGGAAGUAUGGACAAGAGUUAUAAGUUUGGCAGAAUCAUUAAAAGUAAAGGAAUGAUGAUGGAUAUUAUUAAAAUAAUAAUAAAUCAUCACCUAAUCUAGAUUUUUGUUGAAAAAAUUCGUCCCACCGAGGAAUUGAACCUCGAAUUCAAGAGCCGGAAUCUCACGUGUUACCAUUACACUAAUAGGAC